AAGGAUACUCUGCGUCUAGGCUGUACGCUGCCUGCGAGGCCCACGCGAACAGGCCGACGCCGACGCCUUUUGCGAUGUCGAUCCCCGCGGCGCCAGCGCCGACAGCGGCCUCAGAGCCGCCGAUUCCAAUGCCUAGCCCCGCCUGUCCGAGGGAAAGAAGGCCGAUGGAGACAGACUGGCGAAGAGAGAAGAAGCGAGAGGAGGGAGGGGAGAGAGAGGAAAGGAGAGAGAAGGGCGAGGAGGGCAGAGACUAGAGAGGAGAGAAGAGACAGGAAAGAAGAGACAGGAAAGAAGAGAGAGCCGAGCCUGUCCGAGGUGGCUUGGGGCGGUGCUUGGUGUGGCUUGGGCCGGUGCUUGGUGGCUUGGGGCAGUGCUUGGUGGCUUGGGGCAGUGCUUGGUGGCUGGGGGCAGUGCUUGGUGGCUUGGGGCAGUGCUUGGUGGCUGGGGGCAGUGCUUGGUGGCUUGGGGCAGUGCUUGGUGGCUUGGGGCAGUGCUUG